AUGCUGCUAUCACAAUACCGACGUCGUCUAUACCGGAGAAUCAGUCUACGCUACUUAAUCGUAGCUCUAGUCCUCUUCGUUAUCAUCAAUUUGGUUGAGGCAUUCAGCAUACACUCAGCACUCCAACAAGCAUCUUUGGAACAGCCCAUCGCUUUCGGACACCAGAAAAUCUUCAUCGUGGGCAUCCACUGGAACAGCGAAAACAUCUUGCGAGACCAUUGGAUACCUGCCGUAGUUGCUCUCGCCAAAGCCAUCGGACCCAAAAACGUUUUUGUCAGUAUCUACGAAAGCGGGAGUUACGACAAUACGAAAGCGGUGCUGCGGAUACUGGACCAAGCGCUGGAAGAAAAUGGCAUACCUAGAAAAGUGGUGCUUGAUGAGACCACGCAUGCUGAUGAGAUAUCCAUGACUCCGAGUGCGAGUGGAUGGAUCGAAGUACCGAAUGGAACCACGCAAUUGCGACGUAUACCGUAUCUGGCCAAGCUGCGCAACAUAGCAAUGCAGCCUUUGUAUGAUCUACAAGAUGCCAAUGUUGCGUUUGACAAGAUUUUGUUUCUCAAUGAUGUUGUGUUUACGGUAAUGCUUGCUUCCUGUCCUGCUUAUAACCAAGUCUUGCUGACUCCAGACCAGACUCCAGAUGUCCAAAAACUGCUUUCUACCAGAGGAGGAGAUUACGCCGCAGCUUGCGCUCUGGACUUUUCGAAACCUCCUGCUUUCUAUGACACUUUUGCACUUCGUGAUAUCGAGGGACACGAAGCUGUAACCACAGAAUGGCCAUACUUUCGAUCGCGAGAAUCUCGAGAAGCCUUGAAGUAUGGCAAACCAACACCAGUGACAAGUUGCUGGAAUGGUAUUGUUGCUAUGAACGCAAAACCAUUCUACCAAACCCCUCAAUUGACGUUCCGAGGCGUACCAGACUCGUUGGCGAAGUUCCAUGUCGAGGGUUCAGAGUGCUGUCUCAUUCACACAGACAACCCUUUCAGUCGAGAGCAAGGCGUCUGGGUGAAUCCAAAUGUGCGCGUAGGCUAUAACGAGCAUGCCUACAAGGUUGUCAAUCCAGAAGGCUCGAAGGGUUGGAUAUCCACAUUCUCUAUUGCACGUAGUCUAUGGAUUAACAGAUUGUUGCGGUGGUUGACAUCCCCUUUGUUCAAAGAGCGGGUCAUGAGACGUCGCGUAGAGCAGUGGAUGGAAAAGCGCCCUAACAGCCACGAGACAGGGCCUUCGUGCUUGAUAAACGAGAUGCAAAUCUUGACGUGGUUUGGGUGGGCUCAUGUAUAA